UCUCUUUCAUUCUUAUUUGAAUAUAUUGGUGAGAUGGGCAAAGAUUACAUUUACGCUGUAACGCCGUUAUUGGAAGAUGCAUUGAUGGAUCGUGAUUUAGUGCACAGACAAACAGCAUGCACUACAGUUAAACAUAUGUCACUCGGUGUUUUUGGAUUGGGUUGUGAAGAUGCCCUUCUUCACCUUUUAAAUUACGUCUGGCCAAACAUUUUUGAGACUUCUCCUCACGUCAUAAAUGCUGUCAUGGAGGCAAUAGAAGGGUUGAGAGUAGCGAUUGGUCCAGCAACGAUCUUACAAUAUGUAUUACAGGGGUUGUUCCAUCCCGCCCGUAAGGUCCGUGAAAUCUAUUGGAAGAUAUAUAACAAUUUAUAUAUUGGUGCCCAAGAUGCUUUGAUACCAUAUUAUCCUCGUAUCGAAGAUGAUGAAAGAAACAAUUAUGAACGAUAUGAAUUAUCUAU